UACAACUAAGCUUAAGUGAUUGUUAAAGAGACACAUCAAUAUAAAGUUUUCAAGGUUCGAGGAAACCAGUGGGGACCAUUUUUAGCCACUUGCUGGUGAAUGACGUGGCCCCUCAACCUCACGGAAACAUUUGCUUAAUAUCAGGUUUAGCAUCACACGCCGUCUCUCUCUCUCUUUCUCUUUUGUCAGCUUCUGUAGAAGAUAGAGGAACUGGAGCACUUUGAGGCAAACAAGCACAAUGGAUGUAAUCUCUAAAGAGGGUCUGCUCUAUUUGCAGGGCGUCAAGUUUGGGAAGAAGAUAUGGCGGAAAUCCUGGCUGAUUCUGUUCGAGCCCAGCUCUGCAGGGAUCGGCCGUAUGGAGCUGUAUGACAUGCGUGAUAGAGGGGGGCUGAUGGGGUCUGCCGCUGCGAGGCCUUCAGGGCUCAGGAAGACAGACAAACGGGUGAUCCGCCUGACAGACUGUCUGAGCAUCACUCCAGCCCCAGGAGAAAGCUGUCCCACAGAUUGCUCUGCCUUCUUUUUAAACACCACCUCAUGCACCUACACCAUCGCUGCUCCCACCCAGGAGGACUGGAUGACUGUUCUGUGCCAGCUAGCAUUUCAGAAGACCCAAAGAACCGAAGAUACCAAGAAAGAUAAAUACACAGCACUGGCUGACAAUGAACUGUACUCCACCUGGGGAGCAGGCCAGUUCCAGGUGACAGUGCAGAGCACAGAUGCGUCUCAAAGGUGCAGGAUGUCUGGGUCUUACCUGCUGUCUUCUGAGAAAGAGGCUAUUUGUCUGCUGAAUCUUAAGACCGGGCAGGCCAUCUACCAUUGGCCCUACAGGCUCCUCAGGAGAUUUGGCCAAGUCAAGGGGGGAAUUAUGAUUGAGGCAGGUCGUCGCUGUCAUACUGGGGAGGGUCAGUUCAUUUUCUUGUCAAAACAGGGGUCACAAAUAAAGAGGGCCAUUGAAGAUGCCAUCAUGCACCAGAGUGUCCAAGAACUGCUGGCACAAGCCACCGCUCUUCCACAACAGUUCACGUCCCAGCCCCCCUCGCCUAAAAGCAAACCACAGGACAGGCCUAAGGUGAAAAAUCUUCCUCCAAUCAGCGUGAAUCAAGAUCGACCACGCCCAGCAUUACAAUGCAAACACGGGCAGCAAAUACACAGAGCCAUAGAGGAGGCACUCGUGCACAAGAGUCUCCAAGAGCUGCUGCCACCAUCCACACCCCUUCCACAAGCCAUUCCACCCCCACCACCUUUACCAAAACCCAAAACACAGGGCAGGGACAAAACUAAGGUCAAUAUGAAACUUCAAGGCAACAAGAAUCAAGAAAGACCUUUCCCACCUGCACUGAAAAAACCUGGGCAGCCAAUACACAAGGUCAUUGAAGGGGUUCUCACACACCAGAAUGUCCAAAAGGCAUCAUCCACUCCUCCUCAACAAACCCCUCCACCACCACCACCCUUGCCUAAAACCAAACCACAGGACAAGCCUAAGGUUAAAAAGCUACCUCCGGUCAAUAUAAAUCAAGAUAGACCCUGUCCAACAGUACCACGCAGAUACAUCUCCUUACCAGAUCCACCACCUUUCGUCAAAAGCCCUGUAAGUAGCCCGGAUGAUGUUUUAUAUACAGUGAUAUUUCCACAACCAAAACCAAGAUCAAAAAUGAAUCUCCCAAAAGUUCCAAUGCCUCCGGGUCUAUCACCAAACACGGAUACAGAUGUAACCAUGGAUAAAGAGAAGGAGUGGAGAUCACCACAAGAAACUUCUAAGGACAACUAUGAAGAGGCUCCCUACACUAACUGGUCGGCGAAGACCACUGCCGAGCAGGAUCAACCGAAUAUUGAGGACCUAUAUAGCACAGUGAAUUUCGCAGCUAAACGUAAGAACAGACAGCCCGAGGGCAGUGAUGAUCAAGAGCAGCCUAACACUGAGCAACACACUCCUGUUAUCACUUCCAGUGAAAUCCCUGUCAACUUCAAACAGACCCUUUCUAACAUUCUGUUUAAAGAUCCGUCCAAAAUUCCACCCCCAUUUCCGCCCAGGUCACGUGGGGGAAGUUCUGAUCAGUUAGACCGAAUAGAUGAGCAGAUGACUGAUUGAGGUUUCUAUUGUCUGCAGUUGAGUGCAAUCCCAUUUGAAGCUCUUUCCUGCCUUCAAACCCUGACUACAGCAAGAGCCAAUAGCAUUUGAGUGCGGACCCUGAAUGAGCAUUUUAUUGGUUAGACUACUUAACGAACAUGCCCCUUUGCUGAA